ACCUGAAGCAACAUACAUACAUAUAUUUUUUUGGGCUGUCAAAGUGGACUUGUGGAAAAAAUUUUCUAAAAAAUGUAGCAUUUUGCGAAAAUGUAUGUUUUGUUGUUUAUUGAUUUGUGAAGUGAAAAAACAAAACAUUCGGGAAAUUAUUAACAUUUAGCCGUUGAAGAAUUGCAACAAAAGUCGAUCAAUGCAUGGCGAAGAAGCCUUUUCCAUAUGAAAUGACAUUUUACAGCUCUUCCCCAAAAGAGACAACAUUAAAUUGAAUAAACGGAACAAUGUCAGUGAAAGUUUUCUUCGAGAUCGGGCACGAUUCAACCCUAAAGGCAAAGCCCACUCCUGAGGGUUUCACGCACGAUUGGGAGCUGUAUGUACGAGGAUGCGAGAAUCACGACAUCAGUCACUUUGUGGACAAGGUGGUGUUUAAUCUUCACGAAUCAUUUCCAAAGCCAAAAAGAGUUGUCAAGGAAGCACCAUAUUCAAUUAAGGAAUCUGGUUAUGCGGGUUUUGUCCUGACAAUCGACAUCUACGUGAAGAAUCGCGAAGAACCAAAGAAGAUCAGCUUCUCCUACGAUCUUGAUUUGCAACAAACUGGCCCAACAAUUCAGCGGAAACAAUCGGAAAAGUAUAUUUUUCAAAACCCCUCAGAGGAUUUUAAGCGGAAACUCCUCAAAGGUGGUGGUUUGUUGAUGAUGAACCCCACAAAUAAUCUGGAUGAAAAGCUCAAGGAUGAUGCGAAGGGGAAAAUGAGUUCAUUCGCUAUGAUUGAAUCGUCAAAGAAACACAAAUUGAAACCCGAAGAUCCCUUUACGAAUCUCUUUGGAACCCCCAUCACGAAGACUUCGACAAAAGUGUCUCCGGAUCCAAAAAGAAAGGCCUCCCCAAAUCGUACUAAACCCCAACAGUCGGGUAGUCAGAGUACCAAGUCAAGUGGGGAUAAGGAGAAGCAGGAUAAGGAGUCCAAGUCCCGGCAUAGCAAGCAUAAUAGUCCGUAUCGGGAAAAGUUGAGUGAAGGCGGAAAGGAUGCCCGGAAGGCUGAGGAGAAAAGUGAAAGGCGCGAGGAGAAGAAGAAGGAUCGGAGUUACUCAAAGGAUCGAGACAAGAGUAAGGAGAAAUCCGUGAAGAGGCCUCCCAGCCCCGCGAGGAGCCCCAAGAGAUACAACAGCCCCAGCAGGAAUAGCUCAGGUACGAAGACAGAUGAGAAACUCCAAGUAUCCGUUGCAACGGGGAGUGAGAAGACAAAUAGCAGCAAGAAGAUAAAGAAGGAGAAAAAGGAGAAGAAUCACGAGAAAGAUAAGGAACGGAAGGAGUUGAAGAAAGAUCAGAGAGCUGGUUCUGAAAAAGCAGCAUCAAAGAGUACUAGUGCGGAGCGGAAGGACGUAGUCAAGGGGAGGGAUGUGAGUCAGGGACCAAAGGAUCACAGUGCACUUGUAGAGAAAGGGAAGGACACAGCAAGAACACCCGUGGAAGGUGCUUCAAUGGAAACGGCAACAAUGAAAACUCAAGCUCCGGAGAAGCGUUCGGAGAAGCACGAGCGGGGGGAGAGUGAGAGGAAGCACAAGCACAAAAAGAAGGAUAAGAGUGGGAGUGUGAAGGAGAAGAAGAAGGAUAAAAGUGGCAACUCAGGGUCGCGAUCGCGAGAUGAUAUGAAUUCAACGCCAACUAAAACGGUUUCUAAGAGUGCCCUGGACACGGGGAAGAGUAAUGCGGGCUUUGUACCUCAGGACAGCAGCAGCGGAAGGAAGGCCACAACAUCCCUUGAUAAGCUGUACAAUGAGCUCGGUGAGGGCCUAUCGAGUGAUUCGGACCUUGAUAGUGCAAUGUCGGAUAAAACAGACGUUGCCGCUGUGGGAAAUGAUAAUCCAAUCGCCAGUGCUCUCCCGGAAGCGCCUCCACCUCCCCCACCACCAGCCAAAGGGGCGGCUGAAGCGAAGGGUGGGAAGAAGAGUCGCGAUAAAAAAUCCAGCGCGGAGAAGAAGAAGAAACGCAGUAGGGAGUAUGCAAAUGAGAGUGGCUGGACGGGCGGGAGUAAGGAGAGUUCGGGCAUAAGUAAGAUGGACCCACCAAAUAAGAUCCCGAAGCGCAAUACGGAUGACCUGUACAAGAAUGGUGACACAGGACCAGCUAAUUUCCUCACCAACACCACACCCGGCAAUGACAAAUCAUCCUACAGGACGGGAGAGAAUGCUGCCGGGAAUGGGAAUGCCAUCAGCGCGGGGAAUCCACCUCUAUCCACGGACUACAUGUCAGAGCUGAAGAAUCUGCAGCAGAAGAUCAUGACGCUGCAGGAUAACAAUGAAUUGCAGCAAGUGGUGGAGAUGAUUGCGGCAACGGGUCAAUAUGAGAUCACAAGUAAAACUUUUGACUUUGAUCUUUGCGCUCUCGAUAAGGGCACCGUACAGAGGUUGCAGGAAUUCUUCGCUACAUCGUGACGUAUCGAAAUUAAUAAUUCCUUCAACGGAGACUGAUUAUCUCUCCCAUAAAAUCUUCACCCCUCAUCCUUUUUUAGUUUUCCCCUCAAAGUUUUUUUUUUAAAUAUAUUCAGCAAUGUUUGUCUUGUGUGUUUGAAAAACCAUUUUUUGGAAUCUUUUUUUUUUCUCUUUAAAUCAUAUUUUAUCCAAUAUUAUAUAUGUUUUAUCUACCUACUAAAUAAUGUACAUAGAGUACAGAGAAAAAAAACACGUGUUUCGCCGUUCCACCUAUUACAUUAUUAUACAUAAAAAUAUUAUAUUGAAAAAAAAAACAAAUUAUAUAUAAAAUUAAGUUAAAACUAUUUUAUCUAGCUUUAAUUAAUCAUGAAACAUACACGCAGAUACUAAAAAAAAGGCGACUUAUGUAAAAGAAAAUCGCCUUUAAAUUUAGUAGUACCUACCUUAAAGUUAAAAAUAAUAAUAAAAAGUAAAUUGAGAACAAAGAAUAGCGAAAAGCUUAAGUUUUUGCCGGAAAUAUAGCUCUCACUCGUGCCUGAGAUUGUAGCUUGUGAAUGAAUUUAAUUUAUGUGUAGAAGGAAGAUUGUAAAGAAGGAAAUACAUAAAAAUCUCAGGCUCUGAUUAAAAGGAUUGAAAUGAUAAAAAAAAAA